GGCCCGCGUCCCCCGGCCCUCAGCCCCCUCAGCCGCCUCAGCCACAACGCCUGCCGUUCAGGUCAAGUCGCCUGUCCCUCUUCGGACUUUUUGCGGAGGCGACAACUUUCCUUUCUGACCGCAGGGGUCAGGCAGCGGCAGGCGUGCGGGGGCAGCGCGCGGCACAAGCCGCCAGUCCCGCGUCCCGCCGGCCACCAUGAGUGAGGAGAACCGCGGGGAAGGACGCGCCGAGAGCGCCAAGGACCUGGAGAAACAACUACGUUUGCGCGUGUGCGUGCUCAGCGAGCUGCAGAAGACCGAGCGCGACUAUGUGGGCACCCUGGAGUUCCUGGUGUCGGCAUUUUUGCACCGAAUGAACCAAUGUGCAGCAUCAAAAGUUGACAAAAAUGUAACAGAGGAAACAGUGAAGAUGCUGUUCUCAAACAUUGAAGAGAUCCUUGCAGUGCAUAAAGAAUUUUUACAAGUUGUGGAAGAAUGCUUGCAUCCUGAACCUAAUGCUCAACAAGAAGUGGGAACCUGCUUUCUUCACUUUAAAGACAAAUUUCGUAUCUAUGAUGAAUACUGUAGUAACCACGAAAAGGCACAAAAACUGCUUCUGGAACUUAACAAGAUAAGAACAAUCCGGACGUUUCUGUUGAACUGUAUGCUUCUUGGAGGAAGGAAGAAUACAGAUGUUCCCCUCGAAGGCUACUUGGUGACACCCAUCCAGAGGAUAUGCAAGUACCCUCUGCUUUUGAAGGAGUUGCUGAAGCGGACCCCACGCAAACACAGUGACUAUGCAGCCGUGAUGGAAGCCCUCCACGCCAUGAAAGCUGUCUGUUCCAACAUAAAUGAAGCCAAGAGGCAGAUGGAGAAAUUGGAGGUUUUAGAGGAAUGGCAAUCUCACAUUGAAGGAUGGGAGGGGUCCAACAUUACUGACACGUGCACUGAAAUGCUAAUGUGUGGAGUCUUACUGAAAAUUUCUUCUGGAAAUAUUCAAGAGCGAGUGUUUUUUCUUUUUGAUAAUCUUUUGGUAUACUGCAAAAGAAAGCACAGACGAUUGAAGAAUAACAAGGCUUCCACAGAUGGCCACCGUUACCUUUUUCGUGGCCGGAUCAAUACAGAGGUGAUGGAGGUGGAGAAUGUGGAUGAUGGUACAGCUGAUUUCCAUAGCAGUGGACACAUUGUUGUAAAUGGGUGGAAGAUACAUAACACAGCAAAAAAUAAAUGGUUUGUGUGCAUGGCAAAAACACCUGAAGAGAAGCAUGAAUGGUUUGAAGCUAUUUUAAAAGAAAGAGAACGGCGAAAAGGUUUAAAAUUAGGAAUGGAACAAGAUACCUGGGUAAUGAUCUCUGAACAGGGUGAGAAACUUUAUAAAAUGAUGUGCCAACAAGGGAACCUCAUAAAAGACAGAAAAAGAAAAUUGACGACGUUCCCCAAAUGCUUUCUCGGAAGUGAAUUUGUAUCAUGGCUGCUGGAAAUUGGAGAGAUUUCCAGGCCUGAAGAAGGAGUUCAUUUGGGACAAGCAUUAUUAGAAAAUGGAAUCAUUCAUCAUGUUACAGAUAAGCAUCAGUUCAAACCAGAGCAGAUGUUAUAUAGAUUUCGCUAUGAUGAUGGAACAUUUUAUCCAAGAAAUGAGAUGCAGGAUGUGAUUUCGAAGGGUGUAAGAUUAUAUUGUCGUCUGCACAGUCUGUUUACACCAGUGAUAAGAGAUAAAGAUUACCAUUUAAGGACCUACAAAUCUGUGGUCAUGGCCAACAAACUGAUAGACUGGUUAAUUGCCCAGGGGGAUUGCCGCACCAGAGAAGAGGCAAUGAUUUUUGGCAUCGGACUUUGUGACAAUGGAUUCAUGCACCACGUCCUUGAAAAAAGCGAAUUCAAGGAUGAGCCACUACUUUUCCGUUUUUUUGCGGAUGAAGAAAUGGAAGGGUCAAAUAUGAAGCACCGGCUUAUGAAGCAUGAUUUAAAAGUUGUGGAGAAUGUCAUAGCCAAGUCAUUGUUGAUCAAAUCUAAUGAAGGCAGCUAUGGCUUUGGGCUAGAAGACAAAAAUAAAGUUCCAAUAAUAAAGCUGGUAGAAAGGGGAUCUAAUGCUGAGAUGGCUGGCAUGGAAGUUGGGAAAAAGAUCUUUGCCAUUAAUGGUGACCUGGUUUUCAUGAGACCUUUUGAUGAAGUGGAUUGCUUCCUGAAGUCAUGCUUAAAUAGCAGAAAGCCUCUGCGAGUGCUUGUGAGCACAAAGCCAAGGGAGACAGUGAAAAUCCCAGAUUCAGCUGAGGGGCUUGGAUUCCAGAUCCGAGGAUUUGGUCCAUCAGUUGUGCAUGCAGUAGGAAGGGGAACUGUGGCUGCAGCAGCUGGCCUUCAUCCUGGACAGUGCAUCAUCAAGGUGAAUGGGAUCAAUGUCAGCAAAGAGACACAUGCCAGUGUCAUUGCCCAUGUGACAGCCUGCAGGAAAUACAGGCGACCGACGAAGCAAGACUCCAUUCAGUGGGUUUAUAACAGCAUGGACAGUGCUCAGGAGGAUCUGCAGAAGUCUAACUCCAAAUCCCCUGCAGAGGAAGCUGGGGAUGCCUUUGACUGCAAAGUAGAAGAGGUCAUUGACAAGUUCAACACCAUGGCCAUCAUUGAUGGGAAGAAGGAACAUGUUAGUCUGACAGUGGACAACGUUCACCUGGAGUAUGGGGUUGUGUAUGAGUAUGACAGCACAGCUGGGGUAAAGUGCAACGUGGUGGAGAAGAUGAUUGAGCCAAAAGGGUUCUUCAGCUUAACUGCCAAGAUUCUUGAAGCCCUGGCCAAGAGUGAUGAUCAUUUUGUACAAAACUGCACGGGCCUUAAUUCUCUAAAUGAAGUGAUUCCUGCUGAUCUUCAGAGCAAAUUCAAUGCCAUUUGCAGUGAAAGAAUUGAGCAUAUAUGUCAGAGAAUAUCCAGCUAUAAAAAGUUUUCUCGUGUACUGAAGAAUAGAGCAUGGCCCACCUUCAAACAGGCCAAAUCCAAGAUCUCCCCAUUACAUAGCAGUGAUUUCUGCCCUACCAACUGCCAUGUCAAUGUGAUGGAAGUUUCUUAUCCCAAGACAUCAACCUCCCUAGGAAGUGCGUUUGGUGUCCAGUUGGAUAGUAGGAAGCAUGGUUCUCAUGACAGAGAAAAUAAAUCGACUGAACAAGGGAAGCUGAGCCCCAUGGUGUAUAUUCAGCACACCAUCACCACUAUGGCAGCCCCUUCAGGUCUCUCUCUGGGACAGAAAGAUGGCCAUGGUCUCCGCUAUUUAUUAAAAGAAGAAGACUUAGAAACUCAAGAUAUCUACCAGAAACUGCUGGGUAAACUGCAGACAGCACUGAAAGAAGUGGAGAUGUGUGUUUGUCAAAUAGAUGACCUUCUGUCUUCGAUAACAUAUUCACCUAAGCUGGAGCGUAAGACUACAGAGUGCGUGAUCCCAACAGACAGUGACAAUGAGAAGGGAGAACGCACCAGCAAGCGAGUCUGUUUUAAUGUAGCAGGAGAUGAACAAGAGGAUUCAGGUCAUGACACCAUCAGCAACAGGGACUCUUACAGUGACUGCAACAGCAAUCGGAAUUCGAUCGCAUCCUUCACCAGCAUUUGCAGCAGCCAGUGCAGUUCCUAUUUUCACAGCGACGAGAUGGAUUCAGGUGAUGAACUUCCCCUCAGUGUUCGCAUUUCUCAUGAUAAACAGGACAAGAUACACAGUUGUCUGGAGCACCUGUUCAGCCAGGUGGAUUCAAUCACUAAUCUCCUAAAAGGGCAAGCUGUGGUGAGGGCCUUUGAUCAAACCAAGUAUCUUACACCAGGACGAGGACUGCACGAAUUUCAGCAGGAAAUGGAACCGAAGCUGAGUUGUCCAAAAAGAUUACGGUUGCACAUCAAACAAGAUCCUUGGAAUCUCCCCAGCAGCGUCCGGGCACUUGCUCAAAACCUCAGAAAAUUUGUUGAAGAGGUAAAGUGUAGGAUACUCCUGGCCCUUCUUGAAUAUUCAGACAGUGAGACACAGCUCCGGAGAGACAUGGUUUUCUGCCAGACUCUUGUGGCCACCGUCUGUGCCUUCUCUGAGCAGCUCAUGGCAGCCUUAAACCAGAUGUUUGACAACAGCAAGGAAAACGAGAUGGAAACCUGGGAAGCCAGCAGGAGAUGGCUGAACCAGAUAGCUAAUGCAGGCGUCCUUUUUCACUUCCAGUCACUUCUGUCACCCAACUUGACAGAUGAACAAGCCAUGCUCGAAGAUACAUUGGUUGCACUGUUUGAUUUGGAAAAGGUUUCCUUUUACUUUAAACCAUCAGAAGAGGAACCAUUGGUUGCAAAUGUCCCCCUGACAUAUCAAGCCGAGGGAAGCCGGCAAGCUCUGAGAGUUUACUUCCACAUUGACAGCUGUCAUUUUGAGCAACUGCCUCAACGGUUGAAAAACGGAGGAGGGUUUAAAAUUCAUCCUGUUCUUUUUGCGCAAGCACUGGAGAGCAUGGAAGGCUAUUAUUACAGGGAUAAUGUUUCGGUGGAAGAAUUCCAAGCCCAGAUAAAUGCAGCCUCAUUGGAGAAAGUGAGACAGUACAACCAAAAGCUCAGGGCCUUCUAUCUGGACAAAUCAAAUUCACCGUCAAACUCCACAUCCAAAGCUGCCUAUGUAGAUAAGCUGAUGAGGCCUCUCAACGCUUUGGAUGAGCUUUAUCGACUGGUAGCCUCGUUCAUCAGAUCCAAGCGCACAGCUGCCUGUGCGAAUACAGCCUGCAGCGCUUCCGGCGUUGGCCUGCUCUCCGUGUCCUCGGAGCUGUGCGACAGGCUAGGAGCCUGCCACGUCAUCAUGUGCAGCAGCGGCGUGCAUCGGUGCACCCUGAGUGUGACUUUGGAGCAGGCCAUCAUCCUGGCCAGAAGCCAUGGACUGCCUCCUCGCUACAUCAUGCAGGCUACAGACGUGAUGAGAAAACAGGGAGCAAGAGUUCAGAACACAGCAAAAAAUUUGGGAGUCAGAGAUCGGACCCCACAGUCAGCUCCUCGAUUGUACAGAUUGUGUGAGCCACCUCCUCCAGUCGGAGAAGAGUGAAAUGAAUUUCAAGGAUCCAGGCAGGCAGAAGCUUCUGAACACCAGCCCAGCUGCAGCGCACGCCGGUGCAGUAUUCUCUGCUGCAGAUAGAGAAAUGCAUUUUGUCUCUACAGCUAUUUUCAUGAUGUGAAUGACUAAUGUUCAAUUUGUACUAGAAUAUUUCCGCUGUAAAUUCAUAAGCAUUCAUGUGUUCUAUUUACCAUCACAAACUGAUCUGUGUAUUGACAUUUAAUAUUCGUUCCUGGAAUUAAAAAAAAACUAUGAGUAAAAAUGAACCUUGUACUAAAAUUUGCUUUGUUUGUUUUCAUCUUCCUCUAAUGGGUAUAUGUAAUAAUGGAUAUUUCCAUUUGAAGACAUCUGUCACUGAAGAAAC